ACUCCUAAAGUCCAGUCCUGCCCUGAGUAAAAACAGAACGGUUUUAGUGGUACACUGAGAUUCCCUAGAUGUGGUGCAGCCUUCCUGCGAAAUAGUUGUGCGUGGGGGGAGGGGCGUGGAGAAUAGACAUCCCAUGUGAAUGCGUGUGUGACUAAAUUGAGUAUGCUGGAUGAUGCCUUCUUUGUUUUCAUGACCGGCAGCCGCUCAGCACGUGGUUGGAGUAAUGCGCCUGUUAUCUGUGUGUGCUUGAGAUCUGGAUUAUGAAUGCCCCGGUUAGGUUUCCUCUGAAAUGUUUUAAUACGGUGUCCUAAUUUCUCAUCGUUUUGAUGAAAUUCAUCCAAGUAGAUCGUAGCUCAUAGCGUCUCCUGUUUAGCACGACCGCCUCACGGUUUUGAGGUUGUGGGUUCAGAUUUCGAGGGGUGCGAGGGAUUCCCUUCCACAUUCCAAAGACGUGGAUGUUGAGUUCAUUGAAGACUUGAGAUUUUCUUGUGCGAUUCAACGGUUUUUUUGUUUUUGGUCAACUGGAACCAGCUCACCUGGUAACUAAAUGAAAAUAAUAGUCCAACUAGACAAUGUAAGCUUGUUAUGGUUUAAUAAUUUUGACCUGACAUAUGAACCCAGGACCUCAGAACUAUGAGUCAAACCCGCCAGUCAUCAUGCUGCCUUUCCGUACAUUUGUUGCGCUCCCUCCAAACCCAACAUGGUCGGUAAACCGUAAUCUUGCUUUGCGUUGAUCAUGUCACAGAGCAGCUGUUUGCUAAUGCGGCUAAUGGGUCAAAAUUGUGUUACGCGCUGACUUGUUCGGGGACGUUUCUCCCUACCUCUGGGCCGCCCGGCGUCGUGCCAAGUUUUUAUUAUGACACGUGACGAAUUUGGCCCGGCGGUAUUGUCCUCAUUCAGCGGUAUGAGUUGUCGGAGCCACGGCGUACACCAUGUGCGUCGCACAAUGGUGUCCAUGCGGCUGGGGGGAGGGAGAAACUGAGAGCGAGGAUCCAUGUGGUGUGUGUAUUAACUGAGUCGCCCUCCCCGUGGUAGAGGCAUAGGCAGAUUAGGAGUGACUGUUAUAUAACACCUGCAGAAUCACUCAGAGGAGACCUUUGUGCGCCAUUGCCCAGCACAGGAGGCAAGAGUCUGCAGACGUAUAAUUAGGAAGGUCCCAAAAUGUGGGUCAGUGUGGGCUUGUGUGGCUUUAAGGCUCACUGGGUCUUGUUUAGCUAUACACACAUACGCACGCACCCGUGUGCAUGGUGGCUGGUAAACUGGCUGUUAGAAUUCAGAGCAAACUGGUUCCUUCAUUCCGCUGAACUGACAUGACAUCGGCGCUCAUCUCACUUUCUCAAGAUAAGAAUGGAAAUUGAAUCAUGGAGACUUUGUAAAUUGCGGUGAUGAGGCAGUCGUUGAAUAUCUGUCAAGUGCUGCAGGACUGAAGCCUAAACUGGAGAAGUGAAAGAAAACCCAUAGUCCGAGCAAACGUCCCGGAACGGAGGUUCGAACCCCAGAAACCUGCAAACUGCGAGGCAGAUGCGUUAACACUAUUCCACUGUGUAAACGGAGCGGCUCAUAAACCACCAACGCCAGAUUCAUGAAACAUUAUUACCUAAACAAUUGUAUUUAGUCGGUAAAGUAAUCCCCGCUAACAAAACGCUUUUAUAUGAGGCACAUUAGCUCGCAUGUAGCCUGAAUUAGCACAAAUUGAUGCAACACCACUUAAAUGAAAACAACUCAACAAAAUUUGAGGCACUUGUAUGUCGAGUUAUAAUAUGAACAUAACGAGUUAUAAUAUGAACAUAACGCGAGAUUGCGAUAUUGUCAUUCGCAGCUCGUACGGGUUUCCCAAGUAGUCGAGCCGAGGGCGAGAUUGCGACCGCACGUAGCGUGUGUAAUUAUGUAGCAAUAGCAUAUGUUGCUAGACACUCGGUGGCCACACUUGCUGAUCAAGCUCACACACCCUUCCUGCCAAACGUCUCUUCCACAGGAUUGUGAAAAAGGGCAGAGGCCAAGUUGAGCUUGUAGUGGCUUGUCUACGACUGUUCCUGUUUUCCGCAACGUAGCGAGCGGUUUGUUUUGGUCCCGUCUAAAAAUAAUAAUCAAAGAAGGCUCGUCGAAAGGGACUGAAAACACACUUGAAACAAUUUGGCCAGCAAAAUUCUGUUUUGUUUUGUGCGAGGAGUGUUGUAGAGGUGGUUUCCCUUUUUCAAAUAAAGGUCUGGUUUCACUCAGGCUUGCUUGAUGGCUCCCUCAUGGCCUCGCCUUACGUUGGGCAUUCAAGGGAAGGCUGGGCCUUGGCCCUUAAGGCACACACAUGCACAUUAGCACCACACGCUAAAUGCUGCCUUUCAUAGUGCAUAAAAAAAAAAAAAGUCCUGACUACAUGGGGCAGCAUGGUGGUUAGCAUGUCUGCUUCACAGAUCUAAGGUUUGGGAUCCAGUUCUUAGAUCUGGACUUUUUGUGUUCUGGUUUAGGGAUUUUCGAAGAUACGAAAUCGUGUGUGAAUGUUGUUCGGCUUCUGUGAUUGGCUGUCGUACCGCACUUCUCUCUCACACUCAUCUAGGAUAGAACUCACAGCUUAAUGAGGACAAGCGCGAUAGUAAAUCGAUAUUUCCUCGUCCUAACUUUUUUGAAUGGCUGACCAAUAGACAGUUAUUAUCGCUGACAUUGCCCUCCUAUGCAAAACGAUACCCGCGGCCUGUGAGCCUGAAGUGACGCAAAAUACACAAAGAUGAAAAUAUUCCAAAAAUGUCCGUCUUUUUGUACAGGUGCAGUCAGAACAAAUAUUUCUCUCUUUACUGUUGGUCACAAUGGUCACAAAUAUGGAAAGGACCAUUUCAAGAUUGCCACCAUUUUUCCUGACGAUAAAUUCCAAAAUCCAUUUUCGUCGAAAAUGUCACCAGUAAAGUAUUUAUUAUUCAUGACGACCCACCCUUGGCUCAUCCCCUGGGACUUCAACUGAGCUUUCCGUAACCUGUUUUAGCCUCCAAUGAGCUAAGCCUAGCUCCUCCCUGCCAUCUCAUUAAUCUCUCACACAUCAUCCAAUCCCACUUUUUUUUUUUCUCUCCCUUCACUGCGGCGGUGCGUUCGGCAGCGAAAUAGUAACCCGGCUGAGAGAACACGUGUAUCAUGAAAACAACUUGCACAUCCGCCAGAGAGAGAGGGAGAGAGCGAGGCGGCGCUUUGGGGGAUGUGCCAUUGUAGCAUCGUUGGCUUUAGCGCCAUUACACAUCGUGGAAGACGACGCGACGUGAAGAAAGGCUGAAAUUCCGACAAUUUGGAAAAGUUGAAAUAAAACAAGGUGUCAUCACCAUUCAUUGAUGAUCCAAAUAAUUUGAAAUUCGAAUCGCCACCUCCUCUAUUGUUUUCAAAACGGGAGCCUGCUUAAUGUAAAGCCAGAGUGAUUUGUUCCGGACAGAAGCGCCUGUCACGGCGCUUCCCCCCACUCUGUGCCUUCGGAGGUCUUCAGCUCCGACGGUUGCCACGGCGACCUCAUUGUCUGCCGCCCACCUUUGACCCCGCCUGCCUACUCUGACGGCGUAUUCUCAGGGUCAUAAUGAGGCUUAGCCAGAGAUAAACGGCGGACACGCACCACUGCCGCUCUGUAAGACUCUGAACUCAGUAACCUGCGUCCAGGUAAUUAGGCCAAACUAGAAUCUGUUAUAAUGAUACAAUUGAUUAUCCUAUCCAAUAAUCGGCUGAAAUUUAAUGAAAGGACUGAAACCAUUGCGUCAAGGUCCGGGUGUUUUCUCGAUCAGCUGAAGGACGCACGUGUGCGCCGUUCAUCGCCGAAGCAUGUGGGACAGAAGGCGAGCCCGCCUUGCCCGCUCGAAUGUCAGGGACGCUGCCAAAGUUAGCGCCGAGCCAACCCGCUAUGAGUCUACCUCGGACUGGUUCAUUACGGCAACCCGACGGUUUCCUUUCAAGCCAGUCCAAGCCAAUUAGCUGGAAUUGAGCUCUGCAAGGUAUACACAUGCAAGUAACAGCCGCACUGCUUGCUGCUUGGGCCCAGAAAAGAGCAGAUGAAGAGGAAAUGUCUCUUUUAUGGGACUCUCAGUUCUUCUGCCAGAGCCCAGUAAACAUGAGCGCAGAUGGACUGCUGAGUAGGCAACCCGAGAUGUCGCUCCGAUGCGGCCGAAGCCAUUAACGCUAAGUUAAAAUGCUUUCCUCAAUAAAAAAAAAAAAACAAUCUAUAGACAAUGAUGGUGCAGAUGGAUACGUAGUUUUAGUCCUCCUACAUUUACCCACCGAUACCAAGUACCGAUACUUCCAAUACUUCAAUUUUAAUUUAACGCAGGACAAAAAGAAAAAAGGGAAUAUUCGGAUUAUAAUCGAUAUAGCGAUUUUUUUUAUUGUGCCACAGGUAUUGGUGGCUGGUAUUGGCAGUUUCUAUAAGUACUCGAUACCUUAAAAUAAAGCUGCUAUCUGUGGCUCUCCUUUCCCAUCACAGUCACUACUGUCAUGAAAGAUCACUUACAAAAAGGCCACGUUAGCAUUCAGCUAAUGAUAAACGCAACCAAAAAUCUCACGUCGUCUAUAGUGCGAGUUUUAUUUCUCAUCCUCCACUUAUACAAUGCAUUUGCGCUUUCAACACACGUGUGCACAUGUGCUGACUCACCAUAACACAAACCCCAAAAGCCUUUUUCCACUCGACUCGCGAGCAGCCACGAGGCCCCCGGGGGGUUGGGGGAGUUGCCUGCCUGCAUAGUUUGCGCAUGUGUGUUUUUGUGUGUCUCUGGGUCAACGCGUUCAUUUGCGUAUACUCAACUGGCGUUCAGCUUGUCCUUCACAAGGAGGGUUAGCAAAUAUUAUAUUUCUUAACAUUGUCAUCACUGGGUGAAUUAUAAUGUAUAGGGGAUCAUGUAUAGUUAGCUCUUUCCACCGCACCCUUCAUUUGGAGCUUUUAAACUUGCCACAUGUUGCUUUCUCCAACAAGCAGCCUGGCUCUUGUUACGAAAAAGGAGUUUGGACAUGAAUCACCUUCAAAUGCAUUACACGCGAGCGGCUCAACAGCAACAGUCGCCCGAACAUCUGGCGGGCCGAAGCCCACUGGAGCCCAGCCCAGUAAAACGUGACCGUUGCCAACGGUUGUCAUUAAUGCCGCAGCUAAUGUCAACGUGCCUCUCAUUGGCUAGCGAGUGGUGACAACCGCAAGCAAACAGGAAAGCACACAUUUCAGUCUAAAAAUAAUCCGUGUUAAUCGAGCAAACACUUUCAUUUCGCAAAGCGAGGAAGGUGGGGAAAGUUUAUUUUUGAGUUGAAAGGUUUUUUUUUGUGUCACUCAAGAUGAAGCAUUUGAUUGAUACCACUCAGACUUUUCUUAAUUUAAAUUACGAGUUUCCUUCAUCUAGCCACUAACAUAUUCAAGAAUGCUGUUUUUUUCUUUGUUUUGCUGUUUUUCGACAUGGCCAAAAUGGAUUAAUGCCAAUCCCAUUUAUUUCAAUAGAGUAAGAUGAUUUGAGACGCAACUAUUUCACUUUGAAAUGAAGUUAUCCCACCAAAUUUUGUGCUAGAUCCAAAUCACAUCAAAUUGACUACAACUUACUAUAAACUAAGAAGUAUUUCAUUUCCUCUGCCGUUGUAUUGCACAUACAAUAACAUUUCACAAUUUGGCUUUGGUAGUCAAUCAUCACAGUUUUUGUUUGUCUUUGUGUACAGUUAGUAGUUUUUCUGCCAUUGUCAAACCUGUUCGGCAAGCUUUAACACUUCCCGGUUUUAUUGCAGCUCAUCCGGAACUAACACGAGACAGCAUCAGCAAUUUUUUUGAUACACACUCAGAUUGCAGGAUUGCGAUCAUCUCCGGACAACCAUUUCUGGUAUUAUCUCGAUUUAUCCUCAUCACCGACAGGUUACACUUCGAGCAUUAUAAGGCCGUACAUUGACUGACUUCCAAGUCGGGCUGUUUCCUCUACUGCGCUCAGCAGAGCGCAAUCAUUUCCUCUGUGUGUGUUGCAUAUUGUUUUCCUCCUCGAUGAAACGCUCAGCUGAGGCGGCCUCACCGGAGUGUUACGCACUGACGCAUGCUUGAGUUCUUCUGAUGGUGUCCCGCAGGUGGUUCCACAAAGUGGGUCGUUCAAUGGCAAAGGGGAGGCACAGAUGGAUGUCACCCACACGGCGGCAGAGGAGGACGAGGAGGAGGAAGGCCAUAUACGACAUACAAAAACUCCUCCCGGCACACAUCGCCGCAACCUGGACCUCGGCGGACGCCCGGCACUUAUUCAGCGAGAGCUCGGGUUGCAGCUGAGCAACAUUGCACUUCACCAACAACAUGUACGCUCUUCUGUGAAUUUCCACAACGGGAUUUCGGGAAACCCAACUAAACCUAACGGUGCUAAUGUGACCGGUGAUCACGCUGAUCUGAAGUCAUAUCACAGGGCUAAGAUGGCCUUAGAGCCUCAACGGAGCAUAAUCGCCAGUAUCCCCUCUCAAAACGGACCCAAGACUCCCGACACGUCGGCCCCAUUGAAGAGGAUCAAACUGGAAGAGGAUGAAGAAGCAAUCGCCGCGCAUUUUAGCGACAAAGAUGAUGUCUGCGAAGACCCGUUGUCCACGUUAGCGGCGGUGGUUUGUCUGUCCGUCACGGAGAGACGAGGGCUACAGGAGAAACUCUUCAGCUCACGUCCUUCCGCUCUUCGGUCCAUCAAAACCGAACUGCCGGAUCUGCAUUUCAUCAAGGAAGAGUCCGAGGACUUGAGGAAUGACUUUUGUCACUCUCGGGGGAGCCUACCGAGGACUCCCCAAACGAUCAAAAGUGAACCGCCUUCGAAUGACCUGUUACCAAGCGUUCAGUCUUUGGCAGAGAAGAGGAAUCUUAGUUUUGACCAGGCUAUCGCCAUUGAGGCCUUAACUCAACUGGCAGCUAUACCUCAGCACACCCCGAUGUUUAUUAAAACCGAACGAAAGUGUGAACCUUCUGAAGUCACCCUGCAAGAAACCUCAACGCAAGAAGCCAAACCCACAGCAGAAAUCCGCUACAACAAAGUUUCGGUCAUUAGCUCACCGGUUCACCAGACGUCGGUGAUACGCCCACCCGUGGCCAGACACGGUAACGUCAUCCAACGGUGCCAGGGCACGAGGCCGACUGAACGGGGCAACGGAGCGCCCUGCAGGAGGCCGUACCAAAGCUUCGGUUCUCGUGUUAUCAAGUCAGAAUACGACAACUCGGAUCCGAGCAGCGUAAAACUGGGUAAAGACCACGAGCGUCACUUUUGGGAGGACCGCGAGAGACCCAAGAUGAUUAGGAACCGAGACGAGGAGGAGGUGGCCGCCCAAUUGGCCAACUUGGCUUUCAUCAUCCAGUCCCGUCAGAGCCAGCUACCCGGGGCCAAUCACGUAAAGGGGACUCCCGUGUCAGCGAUCAGAUACAACUACCACUCACAGUUAUCCCCUGGUCAGAAAAAGACCCCCGUAAAGAAAGCUAAAACAACCCCUUCAAAACCCAGGAAGAAGAAGAGUAACGAGGCACCACAGGAAGGAAUCAACCGCCGGACCCCUCUCUCAAAACGCAUGGCAAAUGGAGAUGCGGCUCAUCGAAGCAGAGGAAAGAAAACCCCUCUGCCUGGCAAAUCCGCUCCCCCUCAUAGGAGGAAUCUGUUCCUUCCUCAGGCCCAGAUUGACCUGAAGAGAUACCUGGCUGAAGCCCAGGAGGAAGCAAAGCAACUGGUCCGUCACAGUACUCAGACUCACCACUACAGGACCAACCAGAGCCCGGACCCAGAGAACCAGCUUUUGUCAUAUGUGCACAACCCACUCCACCAACACAAUCCUGCCGCAGGACCGGGGCAGGAGAGGUGUUUGUCAACUCAGGUAGCGCAGCCCCGCGAAGGGCUGCCGUACGGUGCUGAUCCCGGGGUGACGCACCUCGGCCACGCCGCCGACCCUGGUCCCGCCGACAGCCUCUUUGGUGCUCGACAGUCUCCCCCUCCAAGCCAGCAAAGCUACUACAAGCUGGAGAGGUCGGGGCCUGUCACCGUCUUAUCUACAUCUGCCGACGGAGACGCGGGCCACUCGGCGGAGUCCACUCCAUCCAAGCACAGCGUCAACUGCUUCCUGGAGUCGCCCAUGGCUUUUCUGGACACCCCGACAAAGAAUCUGCUCAACACGCCCUCCAAAAAGCUAUCUGACCUUCCUUGCUGUCAAUGUGUGGACCAAAUCAUUGAAAAGGAAGAAGGUCCUUACUACACUCACCUUGGCGCAGGACCCAGUGUUGCAGCAGUGAGGGAACUGAUGGAGACCAGAUAUGGCGCCAAGGGAAACGCAGUCCGGUUGGAAGUUGUUGUCUACACUGGAAAAGAAGGAAAAAGCUCCCAGGGAUGCCCAAUUGCAAAAUGGGUGGUCCGGCGAGGCAGCGAGGAGGAGAAGCUGUUGUGUUUAGUGCGGCAGAGGCCGGGGCACUACUGCGACACCGCCGUGCUGGUCAUCCUCAUCCUGGCGUGGGAGGGAAUCCCGAGGGCGGUGGCGGACCACCUCUACCAGGAGCUCACAGAUACCCUCUUCAAAUACGGCUCGCCCACCAGCCGACGCUGCGCCCUUAAUGAAGAUCGGACCUGCGCCUGUCAGGGGUUGGACCCGGAUACCUGCGGGGCAUCCUUCUCCUUCGGCUGCUCGUGGAGUAUGUACUUCAACGGCUGCAAGUUCGCCCGUAGCAAAGUGCCGCGCAAGUUUCGCUUGCUUGGUGACUACCCGGAGCAGGAGGAGAAGGUAGAGAAAAACCUUCAGAGUCUCGCCACUGACCUUGCACCACUGUACAAGUGCCUCGCUCCUGAAGCCUUCCAGAACCAGGUGGAGCAAGAGGAGAAGGGUGACUCUUGUCGGCUCGGCUGGAGGAAGGGACGUCCUUUUUCGGGAGUCACGGCUUGUGUGGACUUCUGCGCCCACGCUCACAAGGACAACCACAACAUGAAUAACGGCAGCACUGUGGUUUGCACUUUAACAAAGGAAGAUAACCGCGCGGUUCGGAAUAUACCGGAAGACGAGCAGCUCCACGUUCUUCCGCUCUACAAGAUCACCGACAGAGACGAGUUUGGUCGCGUCGAAGGACAGUGGGCCAAGAUCCAAACCGGUGCCCUUCAGGUUCUGUCAUCUUUCCCGAGAGAGGUGCGUCUGCUAGCUGAGCCGGUGAAGUCAGCUCGCAAGAUGAGGCAAGAAGCUCGUUUGAAAGCUCAAGCCGAGAAGCUGGAGAAGAAGCUCGGCUUGAGCCCACUCACUCCCACUAAAGUCAAGCGAGAAACCCCCACCAAAGGUGAGCAACAUGCCCUUUACAACAAAGCAUCGCCUCGUCCCGCCAACGUGGACCGGUGCCAGGCCAGCACUUACAGUCCAAGCACCAGCAACUACCACCAACAGAGGGACCUCAUGUCACCCAACCACCACCAGCCCGGCUUCCCGUUCGGACCAAACCGCUCGGUCCCGCCGUAUCAGAGCACCGGCGACGCGGUGAACGGCUACCCCGCCGGCUUCCCUCGUACUUUUAAAAGUGAGCCUGGCGAGAUGCUCUCCCCUCCGCGGAGACCCUCGACUAGCGGGAGCGCCCCUCCGUCUUCCACCUUCUCCCCUCAACUUACCUCUGAGGGUCUCUACAGCAGGCUGAACGGACUCCACGGCUUUGAGGAGGAAGUGAAGCAGGAGGAGGUGUGGUCGGACAGCGAGCACAACUUCCUGGACCACGACAUCGGCGGCGUGGCGGUGGCGCCCUCGCAUGGCUCCAUCCUCAUCGAGUGCGCGCGGCGGGAGCUGCACGCCACCACGCCCAUCCUCAAACCCGACCGCCGCCACCCCACGCGCAUCUCCCUGGUCUUCUACCAGCACAAGUCCCUCAACGAGCCGGGCCACGGGAUGGCCAUGUGGGACGCCAAGAUGGCCAAGAGGGAGCGGGAGAGGGAGGAGGAGGAGGAAGAUGAAAGACUGAGGAUGGAGGGAGGCGGGAGCGGGUUAGGAGGGGAGACAAAGGAGGGGGCGGGGUUAGACGGGCAGGAUGCGUGGAAGACCAGGGACAUCCCCACGCGGCAAACGUGGACACUACCGAGAGACGGGGUCAUCACCGUGUCCCCUUACGCCCUCACACAAGUGACAGGUCCUUACAACAGCUGGACUUAGGCAACACACACACACGCCCACACACACACACUGUGCUUAUUUAUGCCUUACCUCAAUCAACUUGAGACUGCUUGUCAUUUAUUUUCUACCUGGUUUUAAUCACGCUCUUCAAAAAGCCGCUUGAGUAUUUAUUAUACAUCCUUAAUUUUAAGAUGAAUGUUUUUUUUCUUGUGCUCACUCGUAAGACAAGCACGGUAGCAGAAUGUCUGUCUCGAUAGAAUUUUUUUUUUAUUAUUCCUAUUCGUGCUACUAGUACUACCUGAAGCUUGUUAUCGAAUAGGAAAAAUCUUCCACAACUUUCCAUAUUAAAAGAGAACGGAUGUGCACAGGUUCACCACACGAAAGCCGUUGGUAUGCCAAAGUUGUCAAACGAGCGUGCAGAAACGUCAUGUAGCAGUGGGAUAAAAAAAAAUAUUUGUAAGAGAAAUUUGUUAUACUAGUGUUCUGAAGUCGUACUCGUUUUCUGGUAGGGGAAAAAAAACGACACAGUCAUUAUAGGAUAUCGAAUAAAUACUCAACCGGCUCGCUUUGUGCUCCCUCGUCUUCCUCUGAUUUUUUUUUUCCCAUUUAACUGUGAGUUUUGUGUUUAUAAAAGAGAUGGUGCUUUGAAGCAAUUUUUUUCCAACUGCUUUUAUAUAUACAGUAUACAUACAAUCUAUAUGUAUACACAUGAUAAAGAACAAAAAAAGGUGAUUAUUAUUUAUUUCUGAUCAUUUCUAUUUAAUUCCUGGUGUUAAGCCUGUUUACUGCAAGAUAACCUGUUGCUUCAGAAUCAGAAUGACGCUGGUACCUUGCUUUUGUUUCGAGUUCAGUGCCAUUCUCACUGUGCACACAUCACGCUUCUAUUUUACUCGGGAUGAGCUCAUGUAGCAAACUGGCUUCACGCAUGAAAGAAACUGAUUUGUCGUCUGGAAGGUUUCUCAGAAGCACUUUUUUUUUUCUCCAUUUUCUCUCAAGCCUCACUUGAAAAAUUGUCCCAAACCUAAUUAUGUAUGUACAGAUAGGGAUUUUUAUAUAUGAAUAUAUUUUACAGUAUUCUUCCUUUUUUUUUUUUUUUAACACUUAGCAUUCAAAGCAAUUAUGAUUUUUUUUGUCUACAACAAAGUGCUUAUCAUGACUGGCACUUAUUUUAUGUGUUCACUUUCUUGGAAAAUUGGAAUUAUCAGAGUUGGGAUGAUAGGAUUUUGGAACUUUUUCUGACUCGCUGUAUAUUUGAUUGAUGCCUGUUGAAACGCCAACAUGUUGCCAGUUUGUACUGGACAGUGCAAACAUAUUGAUUUUCACCAUCUUAACCCAAUUUUAUUUUUUAAAUGUUGACACCAUCUAAGCAAUUUCAGACAAUUUCACACUUCCUUCACAGCAUAUGACGGAGUCUAAAUAAGGUGAUUUUGUUUUAUUUUAAAUUGUCAUUUUAAGGACUCUUGAUCGAAUUCUGUACAAAUGUCACACGGCUGGUGCUGUAAUUUCUUCGUGGUGCUCAUAGGACAAGUUAGUUCACUGACUCAACUUGGUUUUAUACAAUAUAGAUGGUGCUCUUUUUAAAAUGAAAAAAAAAAUGUAUUGGAGUCUCUACAAAUGUAGUUUUAAUGCUGUUGCAACACACACUUGAUCAUGAUGUAUUUUUAAAGUUAGUUCCAAUGUCUUCCGGAACAACAAACACACAAUAAAAUGAAUGUAAGCAUGUUUGAAAUCACUUGAUUUACAGGAAAACCCCUUUGCAAAUGAAAACACGUUUUGAUUUAUUUUAUCAGUCACAAUAUGACAUUUUUUUCCCAUCAAAUACAAGCUAUCACCAGCAUUAAAAAAAACUUGGGGGGGAAAAACUUUUUACUUGUUAAUAUUCUGUGUACAUACGUAUGUGAACUAUAUUGUUUUUACUGUACUGUGUGUAGACGUUGGAUGCUCUUGCUUAUUUUGCAACAGGAUUACUGUAUGUGGCAAAAAUAGAUUAUAUCCAUUUUAGACUUGAGAAGAGACUACAUUUUGCAUUUCUUUUAUGGAUGUCUGAUCUUUUGGGGGAUUGUGAAAUAAAGUCAUAUUUAUAUUUUUGACUCAA